ACAUCUAACCACCCAAGUAAAACAUCCAAAAUUCAUCGUAACAUCUUUCAACUUCCAAGUCUCAAAUUAAAUAGUAAUUUAACUACAAAUGAACGAUAUGAACACGGAUGUCCAUCAAGAUAGUACACCUAGAUAUGAAAAAUUAGCGAAACCAAAAAAAAGAAUUGACACCACUAGCAACUACAAUGCUUUUAAUGUAAAACGCGGAGCGUUGUAUUAUCAAAUUACGGACUCGUUGAACAAACUGGCUCAACCGAAACAUAAACCAGUGACGAACGUGAUUAAUACAUCCAAUUACACUAUUAGAAGUCCUGCCAUAAGUACAGUGAAACAAGGGCAUCACAGGUUGAUAAAUACUAACGAGCAAUCGAAAGACGCGCAAGAAUCGAGGAAGAAGAAAUUUUUAUUGGACACAUACGCCCGCAUCACUGCGGCGAGGAAUAAAGGAUGCUCGAAACGGUUGCACGAACUCGCUAAACCCAAACAUUUUACACCUCGCACCGAGCCCUACGAGGACAUGGACAAUUACUAUCAAUCUUUCCAGAAAUACAACGGCUCCACACAGCUCCUGAAGAAACGAUAA